ACCGAACUCGCGCAAACCAACAACGCGAUAGGUAGCAAAGCUCACGGGUGCUCGCAAUAAUAAUCCUCUGCGAGCGUUUCGGUGAAUGGAAGAGCCUCUCAGUUGUUGUCCAACUGCCGUCAGGUUAUACUAAAUUGUUCACUUUCGGUGCCGUGACGCAUAAACUAAAACAAACAAGAUGUCGCUUCUAACGGGCAGCGCCAAUGCCGUGAAGUACACGCUCUUCGGAUUUAACUUGAUCUUUUUGAUCACUGGCAUUAUCUUGAUUGCCGUUGGAGCCGGCGUUGGCGCCGUCUACACGGGCUACAAGCUCUUCCUGGCCGGAAAGUUCUUCUCGAUACCCACGUUCCUGAUCGUGAUCGGAGCGUUCAUCAUCUUGAUCUCUUUCUUUGGCUGCUGGGGCGCCCUGAAGGAGAACUACUGCCUGGUGCUCAGCUUCUCGGUCAUGCUGGCCAUCAUCUUCAUCCUGGAGCUGGCUGCUGGCAUCAGUGGCUAUGUGCUGCGCAACGAUGCCAGCGAUUUGAUCAAAACUUCGCUGACUAGCUCGCUGAGCGAGUACAACGCUGACAAUCACAAUGCGAUCACCAAACUCUGGGACGACAUCCAGGGGGAUUUCGACUGCUGUGGCGUGACCACCUACAAGGACUGGGUGGUUACCUUCCCCAACGAGGAUCUGCCCAUGUCCUGCUGCACCAUUCCGGUUGGCACCGUGGGCACAUUCACCUGCAAUGCCACCGAGGAAGUCGAUCCCAACCGACACAAGGACGGAUGCCUCGACGGAUUCUCCGCCUACAUUUCCGCCCACGCGGUCAGCCUGGGGGCGGCGGGCGUGGUCAUUGCUGUGCUCCAGUUCUUUGGCGUAAUCUUUGCCUGCUACAUUGCACGUGAGAUCAAAAUCCGCAAUGGCAUCACUGGCUUUAUGUAGGUCCGGAUCUUGAGGAGUUGACUCCGUAGGACCGCGAGCUGGAUGAGGAUAGUGCCGAUAUUUACUUUAAGACACUGCUGAGUUCGAUGAUGUUCUUAGACAUAUACCCCUGCUUGUAUAAAUAAAUAAAUUUAUUUCUAAACAUAAA